AUAAGAAGUAAAUAAAAUGUCAAAGAUUAGGGAAGUAGGUUGCAAAAUCCUUGAUAACGUUUUUUUUUUCCGAACAUAGAAUUUUAAGAGCAAGUGAGUUCUUUCGUUUUGAGGUUAACCGAUCUACCAGAGCAUCAAACUACGUAAGACCGCUAAACUAGGAUAUUUAACCUCCAUUAAAAAUUUAUCAACAAUGGCCAGACCGAAGGUUUAUGUCACUAGAGCUAUGAAUAGAGAAGUGAUGGAAAUAUUAGGAAAAGAAUGUGACGUCACUACAUGGCCAGGGUCGGAUCCAGUACCGUCAACCGAACUCUUGAAGAACAUAGAAGAAGUCGACGGUCUUUUCUGUAUGCUAACAGAUAAGAUUGGUAAAGAUGUAUUAGAUAAAGCCAAGAAUCUCAAAGUAAUCUCGACGAUGUCAGCUGGAUACGAUCAUUUAGACAUCGAAGAAAUCAAAAAGAGGGGAAUCAAAAUUGGAUACACCCCAGAAACACUGACGGAUGCAACUGCUGAAUUAACGGUUGGUCUCUUACUUGCCACAUGCCGCAGGUUGAUGGAAGCCAACGCUGCAGCCAGGGAGGGUAAAUGGCUCACGUGGUCCCCCUUCUGGAUGUGCGGUAACAGUUUGAAGAACGCCACCGUUGGUUUCUUUGGAUUUGGAAGAAUAGGACAAGAGAUUGCAAGAAGACUGAUACCGUUCAAAACCAAGCAAAUUCUGUACACAACAAGAAGCGAAAACGCCGAAGCUAAAGAAAUUGGCGCUUUAAGGGUUGAUUUCGAUAGUUUACUGCAAAAUUCAGAUUUCCUAAUCGUUUGCUGUAGUUUCAACGAGAGUACUCGCGAAAAGUUCGACCUAAGUGCUUUCAAGAAAAUGAAGAACACCUCAGUUUUUAUCAACACUGCUAGGGGUGGUGUUGUCAAACAGGACGAUUUGGUGCUGGCACUGAAAAACAAGCUUAUUUGGGGUGCAGGUUUGGACGUUACAACCCCCGAACCUUUGCCAGUUGAACACGAGUUAUUCAAACUUGAGAAUUGCGUCAUUUUACCCCAUAUAGGAAGUGCCGCUACCGACUGUCGGCUGGAAAUGGCCUCCCUAACAGCAAGAAAUAUUCUUACAGCCUUGAAAGGCGAAAAUAUGCCUUCAGAACUCGUUCUGAGUUGAUUUCAUAUCAUUUUGUCUAACGCUAACGAAUGUUGUAAAGUUGUAAUAAAAAAAUGAUUUAUGUGA